AAUACGACGUAAGGGAGAUUACACCAUUGAUCGCACGAGAAUCAUGUGCAUUAUUUCAGGAUCUUAUUGGGCUUGUUGUUCAAAGGGCAUCUAAAUCUGUAGAUUCAGUCAAUUCUGCAAUAAUAAUGAAUAUUGAAAGCACAUCAGCUCAAGCAUUUUUUUCAGCUCCAACGUUAGCCGAAGUAUUAAAUCAUUUUCAAAAUUUGCGUCGUGACGUUAAAGGUGAUAUUGUGGAAAUGAACAUUUUACGAGGAUUAGCGGAAGUGUUACCGACAGAAUUUAGUGGUUUAGGAAUCAAUGGGGUUACAACUAAUAAUGAUUCUGUGGUAUUGGACGAAGGGGAAGAUGAUGAUGUAGGCGAGUUAUUUUCGGUUUGGAAUAAUAACAAUAAUCAGGGAGCGUCGAAUAAAAAAUUACGAAUGAGGAGAGCAAGUACAACAGACAUUUCAGACGGUAGCUCGAGGCGAAUAUUAUAUGGAUCACCAGCUAUGGAAUUCGUAGAAGAAACAAGUACAACAAGGAAAAGGAAAGGAAUUGAUAUAGAAAAUAAUAAGAAUGCGCCGAAAAAGGCAAAAACCCCAGCAAUAAAUAUGACAGCCAGCGUGAUACCAACACCAUUCAGGAUCAUUCCGGGCCAAGGUUCAGAGUAUUUACAUGAAACACUUAACGAGGACGGCUUCCAACAUUCUACUGAAUUUGAUGAAUCUAUGCUGUCUUCUAUUACCACGUCAUUUUUCGCCCCAAUCAAUGAUGUAAAUCCAUCAACAACAUCCAAUCCAAUU